CGUCACGAGCGUGCUGGGCGGAGUCGAGGAGGUUGUGUUAUGUGAACUAAAGCACGCAGAUAACGAGCUUUUUCUUAACUUUUAUUAGUUGUUGGUUUUUUUUGGUAAUGAGAGUUACCAAUGCGACGAAACGGAUGAAGUGAAUAAAGCCUGAAAACUGACAGUUAUGGAGACGUGUCUGUGGUGUACAGCAUCGGCCGAAAGCGAUGCGGCGGUCACGAGGGUUCUAAACCGCUACUGCACCGACGCCAUGACACCGAAAGAAAUGCAGGAUGCGAACAGUGACUUCAUAUAUUGCCUGGAGUGCGUGGUGGAGUACCACCGAGCAAGAGAGAGGGUCCCUGCCCUGCACAAGCAUCUAUGGAAAUUGGAGACCGCUCGUCUGCUCAAAGUCUUCCGGGACAUGUUGGAGGCCGAUCUGGAGGACUCGGACUUGUUCUUUGUCGACGAUGAACAGGAGCAGCCCGUCUCGAAGUUUACACCGGAGGAAUUUCUCAAUGGGCUGAGAUUCCCACUCAUGGAAGUGCUGAAAUACCCUUACCUGCUGUGCGACCGGGAUCUCUGCGAAAUGGUGGUGAAUGUGUUAUGCAAAAUGGAAGAUAUGCAAAACCCCCUACCAGUGCAUGACCAGUAUCAGGGAAUUUACCUGCUCAUGGUGCACCCGAACGAAAAGGUGCGUCACUGGGCUAUAGCCACUGCCAGGUCGUUGGGCAGGGUGGACAGAGAUAACUAUUAUGAUCUCCAGGAGGUCUUCUUGUGCAUGUUCUAUAUAAUUGACUUGGGAAUCACUGUGGACUUUCCAAAUGUGGAUGACUCUUACUGCUCUGGCAAGCUUCAGAUGCUACCUCCACAUCUCUAUGACUCCAAAAAUAAGAAGAAUUAUUGGCUAGGUAUCUGUAUGUUGCUGAUGCAGCUGGAUUCACAGGCCAUGGACUCUUUGUUAAUGGGGCCAGAAGGGCAGGCCAGCAUUCCCCAAUGCAUUAUUAAUACCAUGAAUGACUGCAAUAAAGAUGACCCGGGAUCGGAUCCCUUCUGGCCUGCCUUGCACUGUUUCUUGGUCGUUCUAGACCGACUGGGCUCAAAGAUCUGGGGUCAAAUAGAACCGCUAGAUGCUUUCCAGGCCAUCACUAAAGCAGACAGCUACAUGGCUGAAAUUAAAAACAUCCGACAGAAAACUGCAGGGACAAGAGUGAAAGAGGAGACUGAGAAUCACGAUGAUCUGUUAUCCUGCAGUCAAAUUGUGUAUGACUGUUAUGCUACGGAGCGAACAAGUCGAUCAUCAAACUACUCAUCUGGCAACAGUGACACCAGUGGCAAUGCAGUCUUUGAAGAAAUAAGCUGCCUAGUUAAUGUCUUACAGUCUGAAAUGGGCCAAGGCAUGCGUGUAUAUGGGAGCACCUUUCUCUGGUUCAUUCCGUUUGUUCGCUCGAUCAUGGAGUUGAACGUGCUUAAUAGCAUCUGCAUUGGGGAGGUCAUCCACUAUCUGGAUAACAACGCCGACAAGGACGUGCUGUCUGGACGGACACACACCUGCGACAAAGUCACGGAGUUCUUUAUCCGCAUCCUUGUUGAUAUAAUCGAGCUGCACCUAAGUAAAGGCUGCAUGGAGACACUGUCCUACUUUACCCAUAUCUGGGUGGAUUUGGUAAUGCAGUGUGCUACCCUUUCUGGUGACAUUUUUCAUACCAGAAUACACGAAGGUAGGGGGGUCUUUGCAGCAUCUUCACAUUUCAGUAGAGGGACCCGGAUGCCAGCAGUUGGUGUUGGUGUUGGUGCCGUUAGUCAAGCUUGCAUGAAGCUGAUUCGCUCUCUGUUGAAAGAAGGGGGACCGACGGCUACAGAGACUGCACCCUUUCUGAACCUGGUUAACAAACAGAUGCGCAGUGUCUCAGCCAGAGGGUGGAAUCUUCCCAAAUCGGAAUAUGAGAAUCUUAAGAAAUGCUUGAUCAAGCUUGUAAAAGCAAUAUCGGAAAGGCCUGCGGUUCCAAACGAUGUUCUGCCAUGUGCUCCCCCAACGCCGCCUUCAGAACCUUCAGAAAAUAUCAUUUCCUACCCAAAUCCCACAUUGACCCCGCCUCUGCAGCAAGUACAAACCAGAGAUGUAGAGGUUGGUCCAAGUCGUCCUAUAGGUACGAUUGAUUUUAUUAAGAAUGAACCACCGUGGGAUCAUGGGGAAUGUCAAAGUUUCUAUGAUGGCCAAGAGGAAAUGAUUAAGAUAAAGAAAGAAGCUUGCAAGCCAAUACCAUGUUCAGAAUUUGGAUCUCCUCCUGAGGUUAAUUAUAUAAAAAAAAUAGACUUGGGGAAAGGACAGGAAAUUGAAUCUGGAAAGAUACGAGACGUUACUAAGAAAAAAUUUGAAACUGAGGAUGAACAAGGUAAAUGCAGUGGCUUGAAAGAGUUUGGACAUGCAUCGGAUGUAAGCCUUCAACCUUCCACCUCACAGUCUAACGUCUCAGGCUCUGCCAGAUUUAGCAAGUCCUGUAAAAGGACGUUGGAUGACGACGACGACGACGAGCCCUUCGAUGUCCGACUGCGUCGUCUGAAAAGACCUGUCGAGUCCCGUAACGAGAAUUCAACAGAGUCCAGACAGGUUUCAAUACCGUUGCCUAGCAGUGCAGAAAAGGUUGAUGAGGCAAGCGUAAUCGCCACUUCAGAGGUUUCUUCAAAUGACCAAAAGCUGUUAGAAAACAGGGUAGCACGUGAUCCCUCUUUUGACUCGAGUACGACCCCAGGUCGUUGUUAUGAUUAUUUGAGUGAAUCACAAUUAUUUGAGUGUGAAACCGAAGAGUACGUGGCAUCUGCCUGGAAUGAGCCAGACACUGACGUCCCAGUUGUGACCAAAAAGCAAAAACUUGAUUCCAAAGCCUGCAUUAGUCCGGAGGCCGUGGAACCCAUGCAGAGUCCGGAGGCCGUGGAACCCAUGCAGAGUCCGGAGGCUGUGGAACCCAUGCAGACUCAGCCGGUCCCGGACGAGGACGUCGAGAGAGCCUGUCUGCAAGUGGAGGCACAAAUCUGUAAACAGCAACAGCCACAUGAACCAACCACAUCAAACAUCCAAGUGCCAUCCAAACCGAGUUCCAAUGAAAAAUAUGAUUUCGUUCAAUCCAAACAUUUCAAAAGUCCCCCUGAGAAAACUGGCCUCACUGAUAAGAAAGGCAAGCAAUGGCUGUGCAGAAAGCCUCCUGUUAUUGAAGCCCUGAGCCAAAAAAUCAAGAAACAUUGCAGGACACAUAACAUAUCUCCAAACCCUGUGAAACCAUGUUCUUCCACAACGCUGACCGUUGCAUCACCCUCUAUGGUUGUCCCUUCCAGAGGCUGUCCUGCCUCCUCUGUUGCACGUUCACCAUCCACCCCUGCCAUAGUUCCACCAAAAAAGGUUCGCAAACGUGCUGAACCAGAAUCUCCUGCAGAGCUUCUGGGGUUGAAAAAGAAGGAAAGGAAAGCUUUUGAUCUUUCGCAGCGUUCCUUGGUCUCAUUGGGUGAGCUUCGUUCACAUGGCCAGAACGUGCAUGUCGAGCCACAACAGAAGUCAAAAAGGGUUCGUCAAAAGAAGGUUGGCGCGAAGAAAGGCAAGAAGAUGCUUGCAUCACAAGAUAUGCAAUACUUCAUACAGAGCCGUAGGAUGCUCCAGAAGCCAACGGCGGCCACUGGAGUUGUUGCCAAAUCAAACAAAUUUACUGUACCUGAGACCCUAUCAAAAUCAAAACCUGCAAUUGAAACUGUUUCAGAAUCGGGAGAUGAGGAGGAUGAUUACGAUUUCCUUCCAUGCUCUCAGCCUGAUCCUGACCGAAGGGUGGACAGUAAAACGGGUAGUUGUCAAGUCAACACUCAUUUGUCAGAUGAAUCCAAAAAAGCAGUAAAUGAUUGGUCUGAGAACAUUACAAGUAAAGAGUUCAGUUCCCAUCAAAACAAUAAAGGUGCCUGUAGUUCCAUGCCAGAAGGUGCAGAAUCCAGGGAUGGAAACUGUGGUGGUGAUGAUGAUGAUGAUGAUGAUGAUGAAUGGACAAGCCUUACACAAAAUGAGCCUACGGACAUGGAGUUAUGCUCUCAGAUGGAGCAGAUGGAGGUAGAGUAUGGUGAGAGCUUGUACACGGUCAGUGACUUUGGCAACCAACCGAAUAUUUCUAAAGGAGAAACGAGUGUGCCACUUCAACCAUUAUCUGGUAACCCGCCUCAGAAAUCCCUUCCUGAUGCUUCCACUGAGAUGUCUUCAAAUGAACAUUUGUUCUUAAAACCUAGCAUGCCCCCGGAGUGUCAGAAAAAGACCAAGCCUUCUACGACAAAAAUUUACUCCUCAAAUUCCCGCAGUGCCACUUUGGUCAAAGAGAUGGGAAAAGUAGCCAACCCUCCAUCUGCUGCUAAUGUUGCUAAGGCUAAGGUUGCACGACCACCACCAGCAAUGCCGCCGCCGCCGCUACCAAAACCACCUCCAAAAUCCACACCACAGCCUGAAUUUCGCCAGCCUCUACCCCCGAGACCCUCCCUGAACCCUCUAAAACCUGAUUUAAAGUCGUCUCUUUCUAGUGUAACGUCUGCUUCCCAUGUACCGUCCUAUAAGACCUAUCCCAGGCCAGAAGCGCCUGUACCGAUACAAACGCCAACGGUGGCUCAAAAUCGAAGACCCGAUAAUACUCCGAUGUAUGAGCCAUCCUACCUGAAACGGGCGAUUUUAAAGUGGGAGUACCACAUGUUUGACAACUACAGAAUGUUUGGGACACCCAAAGACUUGUGUCCAUUUGCCCUUAAGGAAGUACCAACCAAUUUCUAUAGCUACCAGGAGUACUUCAACAUCUUGUACCCACUUCUGCUCAUUAAUACAUUUGAGGAGAUGGUCCGUGAAUGGCUUAAUGGUAGGAAAGUCCGUAUUGAACUCCACGUCCAGGCAAUCGAAUACCACAAUUGCAUUGCCAGCGCCAGUUUCAAAGUAUGCCUUAAUGCUGAGCAGGUGAAGAAGCAGUUGUAUCCUAGAGAAGAUGACCUUGUGCUCCUCUGGCUGCCGGAGAACACUGGUGCAUAUGCUAACGAUGAGCCCGGUUUUACUGAGAAUAUCCACUUUGGCUGUGUGGUGAAAUCCAUGUUGAGUAAUGGAGGUCCGUUGUACCUCACCAUUCAGACGCGUGGUAACGUGUCCUCCGUUAACACCCAACCCGUACGCUGUGAGGUGAUCGGCUCCCUGAUCAGUACACUGCGGGAAUUCAGAGCGUUGUGUUUGCUACAAAAGAGCAAGCUGGAGCUUCCGGUUCUCAAGCCAGAUAUGAAAUACUUUGCACCCUGCCAGGAUGACCUGACGAACCUAGAUAUGCCUGAAUAUAAUCGGGACCAGGCCAAGGCAAUCAGCUGUGGUGUUGCGAUGGUGAAAAGGAAGCAGAAUACCCCAAAGAUUUUGUUAAUACACGGACCACCAGGGACCGGCAAGAGCAAAAUCAUAGUUGGCAUGUUGCACCGUUUUCUCUCUGAUGGAGAGAGUCCUUCACUGAAUCGCUAUGCUAAGUCUCGCAGAAGAAGAAUUCUGCUCUGCACCCCGUCUAAUGCUGCCAUCGACAACUUGAUGAAGAAAAUCAUUAUUCUCUUCAAAGACAUGUGCUUGGACAAAGAUGCUCCGCAAGGGAACUGUGGUGACAUCAACCUGGUGCGACUAGGGAGUGAGAGGACCAUCUCGGAGUACCUGACACCCUUCAGCCUUGACAGCCAGGUCAAGAAAAGAUUGGAAAAAGCACAACAAAUCUGUGAUUCGGAUAUCCAGAGGAAGAAGGAGGAACUGGACAAGCAAAUUGAAAAGCUGUCUCGGCAGUGUGCCGAGACGGGCAAAAAAUCGGCCACGUUUGAACAGCUGAAUGCCAGAAAGCUAAAGUGCUUACAAGAAAGGGAGGAGCUCAGCAAACAGUUGAAGGAGUUUCGUAGUAAAAGACAGUCGGUGCAGUCGCGUCUCUUGCAUGACGCUCAUGUGAUCUGCUGCACGCUGAGCACAAGCGGCAGUACCCUCCUCGAGUUCGCCUUCCGCAACCUUGGACACGAACCGUUCAACUGCGUCAUUGUGGACGAGGCAGGACAAGCUAAAGAAACCGAAACCUUGAUCCCUUUGCUUUAUCGAUGCCCGAACCUCAUCCUGGUGGGCGACCCUAUGCAGCUCCCACCCACUGUUGUAUCCCAGACCGCCAAACAGCUGGGCUACGACCAGUCGCUGAUGGCUCGGCUUUGUAAGACGCGUCUGUACCCCAGCAUCUUCCUCAGUUUCCAGUACCGCAUGCACCCAGUCAUAUGCGAGUUCCCAUCCAAGUACAUCUACAACAAUGACUUGAAAAGUGACCGCGAGACUGCUCGGAAGCUGUGCUCAUCCUCCUGGCCGUUUGAACCCUACAGAGUGUUUGAUGUGAUCGAUGGAAAAGAGAGAAGAGAGGGAGAUUCCUUUAGUAACCUGAAGGAGGUCAACCUGGUGCUGCUGCUUUUGAAGCUGCUUGGAGAAAAGCAUGCCAUGCGCAAGGAGAAGCAACAGAUUCGCGCUGGCAUCAUCACUCCAUAUAACGCCCAGAAACAGCGUCUCCUGCAGGCCCUUCAGAACGACACGGACAAGGAAUAUAAAAAAUGCAUACAGGUGGAGGUGGACACUGUGGAUGGGUUCCAGGGCCGUGAAAUGGACUGCAUCAUCGUGUCCUGUGUAAGAGCCAGCAACGAGAACGGUUCUAUCGGGUUUGUUGCUAAUCGCCAGAGGAUGAAUGUGACCAUAACUAGAGCUAAAUUCAGCUUGUUUAUCCUGGGACAUCUCUGCACUCUCAAGCAGAGCGAAUGGGGCGCGCUGAUCGAGGACGCGAAGGCACGUGGCACCGUAAUAGAAGCCCACGAGUCCAACUUCCACCAGGUCACGAAGAAGGUGCUGAAACCGAUUCCAUUCUCACAUAGUCACUCGUACCCCCCCAACAUUCCUGCCUCUUCUGAAGACCACAGAAUGCACACGAGACCUUCAGACCCGCGUCUAGCAGAGGCUCAUCGUUCCAGCAGAGAGCAGGACGGUGCGAACCAAAGCUUCACUCACCCAAGGCCACCCAGUCGCCGUCCUUCAGAUCCUCGGUUCCAGCAAAGCUCCGCACGUUCCUUUCGUGCACCUCCAGAACGACGUUACGACCGUCACAAUGCUUCAUCAGGGUCGUGCAGGGCAUACAGGAAGUAACAUUUGCGUUUAUUUUUGCAGGACUGUACAUCUCUUUUUGUCCGGUGACUGACACGUCAUGGUAGCUCUGACUAAACGUGCUUCCUUUUGUUUAUACAUAAAAAUAAAUAAAAUACAGUUUAAAAAAUGGCAAGAAGAAUUUGGCUGAACCUAGAAGGUUGCUAGCUGAAGUAUUUGUGUAAAAUAAUGUUAACUUGUAACAGACUUUUUGAUUAAAAACCACAUUAGCAUUAUACCAAAGUUAAUUGCUAAUCGGCUUUAUUUUAGCCAUUUGUCUUCAAGUGUUUAUAAUUGAUAAAUAAUAGACUUUUUUAGGUGUUUAAUUUAGUUUAGUUUUUUUUCUUUUCCCCAAUGCAAUAUUUAGCAUCUAUGCAAUUCUAACUAACCCCCCCCCCCUUUCUAUUUCUAAAUGUAUAUUAUUUUUUAAAAUUUUAUUGUUAAUUUUUUUUUUUAUGUGGAUGGAAUCUAAUUUGUAAAUUUUUAUCGAUCAUUUUUGGUUCCAAAGUGGGCAAACGGGAGCAGACUGUCGCUUCUUGUUAUUUCACCUUUUUUAAUGUUUUCCGAGCGAUGUGAUGCCAGUUGAGCGAAAGCUGCACUGUCGGAGAUUUGUGAGGAAACGGUUUAUUUUCUGUUCUUAAGGUUUACGGUUUGAGUGAACAGAAUACUCGACUGUGUCCUGAAAAUGACUCCAAUUGUAAAUCGGGCAAAUUUAUUAUAUUUUUGAAGUUCUGAGAUGACCGUGUCUUUUUGUUUGUAAAUAUUUUUAAGAAUGUAUAUUUGUAAUACAAUUUUUGUAUGGAACCUUGUCGUCGCCCCCCCCCCCCCAUUUUCUACUUUGUUCCUUUUGGAGCAAAAAUCAGGAACGUGUGCUGCAUCGCAUCCGGCAUGCUCGCACCCUGCACCGCGGGGUAAGGUAAUGAUGGCGGCGUGCAGUUCGGAAAGCAGCCAGGAUCGUUCUCUCGCUCCAGUAGAUCUGGAUGCUUAAUGAAAUUAAACAUUAAACAUUAAACAUUAAAUAAACCAGCUUUAACAAAGUGGCCAGAAAAGUGCAUAUUAAUGUGUAAUUCUGAAAUAAACCACCAGAGUGCGCUUGCUUCACAUUAUCUGUACGUCGAGUAGGGUGGGCUGCUACAGCGAUCCUAGAUUGUGACUGAGAAGUAAAUUAUUAUUUUUUAUUAUUAUUAUUAUUAUUAUUAUUAUUAUUAUAGCAAUAAAUGUCUACAAGUGUUCAAUACCUACAAAUAUGUAUAUGACUCGUGCUGUUAAUAUUGCCAAUAAGACUAUGAGGAAACUUAUGUGCUUAUUGUCCAAUAACCCCCAUUUCUUCCCAGGAAAAGAGAAAAGUGGCAGUGUUACAUGCUGCACAGUGCUGUGAACAUUUCUUCUGUUUGUGUGUUUAUCUCAUGCUAAAUAGUUCUCGAUCUUCAAACGAAACACAAAACAAAGGCAACCUGAAUAAACACACAAUACAGUUUAUAUUAUUUUUAUCGAAGCAAAAAAAAAAAAGUUAGACACCCAUCACUGAUGUGAAAAACUAAUUGCCCCCUUAAACUUGAAACCUGGUUGUGCCACCUUUAGCAGCAAUAACUGCAACCAAACACUUCCGAUAACUUUAGAUCAGUCUUUCACUUCUAGGACUAGGAUUUACUCUGUGAUUUGGAUCACUGUCUUGCUGCAGAAUCCAGUUACGCUUCAGUUUCAACUUACAGACUGAAGACCGGACAUUCUCCUUUAGGAUUUUCUGGUAGAGAACAGAAUUCAUGUUUCCCUCAAUUGAUGCAAGUUGUCCAGACCCUGAAGCAGCAGAGCAUCCCCACACCAUCACACUGCCUCCACCAUGCUUGAUCGUAGGUAUGAUGAGCUUUUUGUGUAAUUCUGUGUUUGGUUUACUCCAGAUGUGACGGGACUCCUGUCUUCCAAACGGUUCCACUUUCCACUCAUCAGUCCACAGAACAUUCACCUAAAAGGUUUGAGGAUCAUCAAGGAGUGUUUUGGCAAAACCCAGACGAGCCUUAAUGUUCUUCUGGGUCAGCAGUGGGUUUCACCUCACCACUCUUCCAUGGAGCCAUUUUCCCCCGGUGUCUCUCUGAUAGUGGAGUCAUGAACAGUGACCUUUAUUGAUGUAAGAGAGGUCUGUAGGUCCUUUGAUGUUGUCCUUGGCUCUUUGUGACUUCCUGGAUGAGUCGUCGCUGUGCUCUCGGAGGAAUUUUGGAAGGACGGACACUUCUGUGAAGGGUCGCUACUGUGCCGAGUUUUUCCAUUUGGAGAUAACGGCUCUCGCUGUGGUUCUUUAGAGUCCCAGAGCCUCUGAAAUAGCUUUGUAACCCUUCCCAGACUGAUGUCUUUCAAUCACCUUCUUCCUCAUCAUUUCUGGAAUUUCUUUAAAUUUCGGCACAGUGUGUUACUCCGUAAGACUUUUAACCCACUCCAUGCUGUUGAUAAAGUUCUAUGUAAGUGUAGAUGUGAGUGAACAGGGUUCGCAGUAAUCAGGCCUGGUUGCGUCUAGUCCAGCUGAACCCCGUUAUCAGUGCAGUUUUGUUGAAUUAGUACCUACGGGGGCAAAUACAUUUUCACACAGGCCCAGUUGGAAUUGGAGAACUUUUUUUGCUUCAAUGAAUAACAUUCUCAUUUAAAAACACUAUUUUGUGUUUACUCAGGUUGCCUUCGUUUUAUCUCAGAUUUAGUCUUCGUCCAUGUUUUCUUUCCUUCGUUGUAGUGCGAAGGCGUGCAGGUCGGAAGUGAUAUAAUUCGGAGUUCCCGCUUCCCAGUUUACGUCACGCCGAACGCGACACCGGGGACACGGACUCUUCUCCUCUGCUCUGAUGGAGUGAGAACAUUCAAAGCGUGCUCUACAGAACAGAAACAUUUAACGUAGCUUGUUUAUACACAACAGCAAACGUUUCUUUUUCACAGCGCUGCAUGUGGUCUAAUGAUCUUUCACACGAAUAAACCACACAACCACGAUCUUGUCCAAAUAACAGUCAUGUUUACUGUAAAGUUUACAACAGUGUCAAAAUCUCUCAUCUUGAACGUCUCUCUCAAACGGUUCGGUUCAUUUAAUAAUUAUUGCGUUUCUCUAGUUUACAGCGUGUCCGUUGUUUUCAAACCGUGAACGGCUAGAUACAGUUCUGUCUAUUUUGAUAGAUAUAAUUGCAACCCUCCAGACCCCCCACCCUCCCCCGCAAUGAACCUUCUUUUCUGUUUUGUAAAAUAUCCUUCGUUUAUUCCUUAUUUGAACCUGUACUGAUCACAAGCUCGUAUCCUGACCCCGUCACAUCGUGCAUCAGCUCCGCUGCAGUGCGAGUGUUAAACUCUUCAAGUUAUUACUGAAGUUAUAUUGCCAUUUACAGGAUAACAAUUCCCCACAUCCGUUCUGUCUAACCCGCAUUUGUUUUCUUCAUGGUGUCUGGUCUGGUUUUUAGGCACAGGAAAACUAGAUGCUGCAUUUGGCUGGAACAGACACAUCAGUAGCGUUGCCCCUUUUUGUGUGGAUGGCUUUUUUUGGAAAAGGGGAAAAAAAACAA